ACCAAUAAAAAAACGGAGAGGAAGAUACAAUUACCAUAGACGUGAAUAUGACGGUGUGCUCCUCGUCGUCUUCACCGCCCAUAUUCGCCCAUGUCGGAGGAGCUCCACCAAGCAAUCUCCAUGGACGGUUUAUGGUUCCUUCUUCUUCUUCUCUUGUAUGGGGACAAAGAAGACGCCUAGACACAAGCUUGGUGGUGGGAGGCAUGACCAGGGGCGAACCCUUCCAUGUCUUGGCUAAUUCAAACGUCAUUCCAGGAAAGGGAGGUUCGAGCAAAGAAGUGAUUAUGGUCGACCCUUUGGAGGCCAAGAGGUUAGCUUCUAAGCAAAUGGAAGAUAUCAGAGUGAGGGAGAGGCUAAAGAGAAGACGGCAAAUAGAGGCGAUAAAUGGAGCAUGGGCAAUGAUAGGAUUAACGGGUGGACUUGUCGUCGAAGGCCAAACAGGGAAGGGUAUUUUGGCUCAGGUGGCUGGUUACUGGUCUUCCUUUUUCCAUCUUUUCGUCGGAUGAAUCGACUGAGGAAGUGAUCAUCUGAGUUUGGACCUCACUCUUCCAUGAUUCUUGCCAUUUCUUUGGAGUUCAUGUGCCUUCUUCAUCAAUAGAAGGAAACCUCUGGCUCUGUGAGAAGUUUCUAUCGGGCCUUUAAAUAAUGUAAGAAAGCCCAUUUAUUGAUAAAAUAUACUUGUAAGGUUACAUACACAUGAAUUGAUGAAAUAUACUUAUAUGUAAAAAAACCUUUUUUUAUUCA